AUGGCUCAAGAAAUAUUUAAUAAAAAAUGGUUAUAAACAUUAGGAUAUUAUUCAUUAAGAUUAUACCCUUUCAAAUUUGUAUUAAAUUAUCAGAAUGUGAUGAAUCAUUACUAAAAAUACCAAAAAUAAGGAGAUUAUUUAAUUGAAUUUUUAAAUAUACCAUAUAGAUUGAGUAAUUAAGGUUUGUUAGGAUAAGUGCUUACAUAAGAGUUAUAAUAAUAUCGUCAAUAAAGUUUACAGAUGAAAAUAAAGAAAAUAAGAGCUAUAAGUGUAAUUUUAUAUUACUCAGGAUCAGGAGAUUAUAGAGCACCUAAAAUAUUAUAGAAAGCUCUUUAAUAUGAUUUCAUUGAGGAUUAUUUUGAAGAGUUUUAUGGAGAGAAAAAUAAAAUAAUUUUAUAAUUUUUAUUUCGUACAAUUCUUACAUUAGGUUUAUCAUGCAAAUUGUUGGAAAGAGUAGAUCAAAAAAUGGAUUAAAAUUUAUUAUUAUUUAUUUUAAACGAAUUUCAAUUGAGAUAAUUAAAUGAUUUUAAUAUAAGAUUAACUAAAAAGGAAAUCGAUAUGUUACUAGUGAUAAAAGAAAAAUGGAAAGAUAAUAAAAAAAUAAAUUGGGCUUUAUAUUAGUUAAAUAUAGAUCAAGAUUUAAUGUGA